UCUAUAUCUCUCUCCCUUUCUCUCCACCUACAGAUAUGGCAGAGUUCAAAGUGUUAGAAUUAUCACCUCUCAGGCGUACAAUCCCACCUCCUUCUCAUCCGUUGCUGAAUCAGGAUCGUCCAGGGAUCUCCACGGAGACGGUAGCAGCACCUCGUGCAACGGACCCAGCCUGCUGGACAUCGACGGCUCUGCAGCAGCAGCAGCGUCCUCCUCCGCUUCGUCCUUCGCUCCCGUAUCCUCUGCGGCUUCUUCUAGUACGCCAUCGUCGGUACCUGCUGCAGGAUCAGCAGCCGACUUCAACACUAUCAAUAGCACUAGUAGUAGUAACAAUAGUAGUAGUCAUAAGAACAUUCCUCCUAGCUUACUUGGCACCAGCAGUAGCAGCGGCAGCAACGGCGGUGGCAAUGGGCUCGUCAUCAGCGUCUGUGCGACGAUUGCCUUCAUGGACAUCAAAUCUGCGUCGAAGGCGCACACUGCCGAGCACAAGUUCGACGAUCGCAUACUGACCACGGAAUACUACGAACCCUCGCUGCUGACGAUGCCCCCAACCGUGGCCCCAUCGACCUUGAGCGGCGGAAGCGUCAACACUUGUAGUACAACGACUCCCGGUGAUAGUAGUUGUAAUAGCGCGUCUAGUACUACAAUGCCGAAACAUGAUGGCAACUGUAGCAAUAACGGCGCAGGGAACAGCGUUCAGUAUCCUUGUCCACCGUCGUCGGUUGCGGGCUUCCAUCCGGGUGUCGGUGGCAGUUGUCCCAAUGGUAGUAUUAGUAAAUGUGAACCCUCGGGGGGUGGUAAACUGCUAGGGCUUAGCGAUGAGCACGGUUCGUUCUACGAGUGUAGCAAUGGCAAUAGUACCGGUAGUAGUAGCGGCAGCAAUAGUAGUAGAGCGGCCAGCUUCAACCGCUUGCAGCAGCAGCAGCAGACUGGCGACGAUCAUGGGCGCCGGAUGUCCUCCGGAUCGGUGGGUGGCGGCGGCUAUUCUAGGGAACUGCUGUUAGAGGGCGCCGGCUGCGGUAGUGGCAGUAACGCUGCGGUCGUUGUACGCGGUCGUCAACGAGAUCGGCAACACUACCGCAACGGGCCGUAUGCAACGACGGCGGAUAGAUCAAACCCAAUCAGUCACCAUCGCUUAUCGUCCAGCAGCUGGUACAACAGCUCCAACAGCAGCAAUACCGGAAGCGGCGAUAACCUAUCGAUCUCGCAGCAGCAGCAGCAGCAAUCCAGUGGUCUGCCCUCGGGUCCGCUGACACCUACCCGUAACGUUUACAGUGCCGUCGUACAACCAGACCACCCAAGUCAACCGUCGACGUCAGCGACCUGCGCCAAUCCACAAGCGGUGCCGUCCAGUGGCAACGCAAUCAGCACCAGCAACAACAACAGCUAUGAUCCGAGCUUUCUGGUGAAGAAAAAGCACAGUUCGCGUUCAUCGGAUUCGGGAUCGCCGCAGCCUCAGCAACACUACCAUCAUCAUCAGCCGCAUCAUUUAUCCCGGAACACCUCGCCGAUCUCAUCGAGCCAUCACCCCGCCGCUCACCAUCAUCACCAUCAUCAUCCGAGCGGUGGACAUCUGCAUAACCACAUCGGACAUUCCUCGCAGCAAGCGCACACGCACACCGCCAGCCGCAGCGAUCGGUCCAACUCGCGGUCCCGAUCGCGAUCACCCAGUAGCUCGUGCUCGUCCACCCACAGUACAACCACCAGCCAGUCGAACGAGACUUGUUCGACAACCAGAAGCCCGGCUAUCCUAGCGCAAGGAGUAGCCCUCAGCAGCAGUGGUGGGGGUCCAUUGUUCGGUAGUUGUCGAGAGGGUCGUACCGAUCGACUAGACCGGGAUCCGACUGCGCGUGGAGGUCUACAGUCGGCUGCCGUAACCGUCGGGAACAAUAAUGGUGGAGGAAGUUCGGGCGCCAGCACCAGCAGUGGCUCAGGAGGCGGUAGCCUAAACUGUCAUUCCGAUGACAACCGGCCGCUGGCGAUUUGCGUACGGAAUCUACCUGCCCGUUCGUCCGACACUUCGCUCAAGGAUGGCCUCUUCCACGAGUACAAGAAGCACGGCAAAGUGACGUGGGUGAAGGUCGUUGGCCAGAGUACCGAUCGUUAUGCACUUGUUUGCUUCAAAAAGCCCGAGGAUGUUGAGAAGGCUCUGGAGGUGUCCCACGAUAAGCUGUUUUUCGGCUGCAAGAUUGAAGUAGCCCCCUACCAGGGAUACGACGUUGACGAUAACGAGUUCCGACCGUACGAGGCGGAGCUGGACGAGUACCAUCCCAAGUCCACCCGAACUCUGUUUAUCGGAAACCUCGAAAAGGACAUCACGGCCAGCGAGCUGCGGAAGCAUUUCGACUGUUUCGGUGAAAUCAUUGAAAUCGACAUCAAGAAACAAGGUGUUAGUGCAUAUGCGUUUUGCCAAUAUUCGGACAUUAUCAGUGUAGUGAAAGCCAUGCGUAAAAUGGACGGUGAACAUUUGGGCAGCAAUCGAAUCAAGCUCGGGUUUGGUAAGUCGAUGCCCACAAAUUGUGUAUGGAUUGAUGGAAUCGCGGACGCCGUCGGUGAAGGCUAUUUGAGAUCUCAGUUCGAUCUGUUCGGCGCCGUCUCCCAAGUGACGAUAGAUCGUGAAAGGAAACUAGCGUUAGUGUUUUUCGAGCAAGUUCAAUGUGCGCAAGCAGCGGUCAAAGAAAUGCGUGGCGCGACGCUCCGAGGGCGUAAGCUGCAAGUGGACUUCGCUUCGCGCGAGUGUCAAGAUGCAUUUUUCGAUAAGCUAGACAAACAAUCAUGUGCGUCGUUUGGUUCGCCGCGUUUUGAAUCGGGUGCGGGCGGUCGUUUCAGUGGCAAUCGGUACGUGGAAAACACCGGUCGAAGCAGAGCUGCGUCCUUCAGCCGACCUGGCAAUCCGCUGAGUCAUAGUGGAGCCGUGUCGCCUCGCCUCGAUCCAUCGCCGGUAUCUUCGAGUCGCGGCGGUGGUUCCUCAACUUCACGAUCUCGUAUUGUUCGGUAUUCGAACGAUGAGUACUACCUGGAUGGUACGAACGCUCAUGGAAGUAGUAGCGAACGGCGGUUCCGCAACUACGACGAAUACAGCCAAGGAUCGGCUGCCAGUUCGCACGAGGAUGUCUACGAGCACGACGGCUACAGUGGCAGUCACGUGAGAAGUAGUGCUCACGAUCGGCUGCAACCGUCGUCUACGUCGGACUCGCCACCCCCAACCGUCACGUCCAGCGGUCUGUCUUCGUCGAUACAGUCUCGGCUGGGCGAUGUGGAACCGGCCGUGGGUCUCAGUAGAAAGCGAAGUGAGAAAAGUCCAGGUGAUAUACGAUAUUUACAAAAAGAAAGAGUACAUAUUUUAGAACAAUUAGAAGAAUGCCCGUCCAGUGGUGAUGAGUUAGUGAGCCCAAAGAAACGUAUCAAAUACAACCCAGAUGCUCACCUUGGCAGUGAACCAUCUGAUCAUCAUCAUCCCCAUUAUUCUUCUUCGGUGGCCAAUUCAUCGGCGGCAACGGCAAGUGAUUCGACGAGUGGUUUGUGUGGUGAUCCGGUGAUGUCAUCCUCGUCCGGCCGGGGCGGAGGCGUCACCGGCGGCGGUGAACAUCACCUUUACAAUAGCAGUAGUAACAAUAGUAACCAUUACAACAAUCACCACCAUCACCACCACCACAACAGUGCAGAUAGUGGUGGCCUGCAGUCCGGAUUUUCCACUUCUUCCUCGGCUUCGCACCACCGAAAGUGCGUUGAGGUGCGGCGACUUUCGGACUGCAACCUGCAGCAAUCAAAAUCGUUAUCAAGCCAAUCAACGCCUUCAUCUAUGCAUAGUAACAAUAAUAGCAGAAGACCGUCCACUGACAACGCGUCAUUGCAUCAAAGACAUGGUAGCAGUAGCAGUAAUAGUUCUUCCAGUUUACAACAAUCACACCUAGAUAGCGGGCAUCUCUAUUCCCAUUCGUUAAACAAGCGACGGAAAACGAUCCUCAACAGUGACAACAGUAUGACUGUCAUAGCAAGCGCAGGAUCGACGUCGGUGUCGUCUAACGAACACCACCACUCGUCGCGUGGCCGAGGUCACCAGCUACACUCGUUACAUUCGCACGAAGCAAGCGGAGGCGAAAGCGCCGAUGGUUCACGGCCCGGAACACCCCUCUGUGAUGAACGGCCCGAAAACCUUCCACCAAGCGAACCCAGACGAAUACCCACGAGUCGGUCGUACAAUCAGGAACCGCUUAGCUUACCUCUACCACGGUUUGCGAUACAGUUCCUGCAGCAGUACCGAUUACAAAAUCAACAAAGUCAAACAUCGUCGUCGGUACCUGCAACUUCAUCACAUUCAUCAUCCAAUGUUGUUCUGCCAAGCUCUUCGCUGCAUCAGUCAACAUCGUCAUCUUCGUCGUCGUCGAACUCUGCAGCGGCACCGUUCCCCAACGUCACUGCCGCAUCGGCUUCGACCUCAACGCAACAGCAAAGCGCUCUAAGUUCUUUGCAUACCGCUUCGUCCAGUGGUGCUAUUAGUGGUCCUUCACUCUCGUCUAAUUCUAGUCUACUAAACAACGCUCUGUCGAGUCCACCGCCAACGCAUCCCUCUAAACUAUCCCUGCUGAUACCACCGAAUAUAAGUUCGAGCAGUAGUUCCGUAACAGGGAACACUCCAGCCAGCGCCAGCACGUCAAACAGCCUGGAGCACGUCAACCAAGCACCAGCCAGUCCACUACGAGCCCCUUCUGUUAGUUCGAAUUCGAGUGACUCCGAAGGUGGUCCAUCCACCUCGCCAUCGCUGGAGGAACGAAUUAACCGUUUGGAUGAAAUGUACGAAAAAUGGUCCGGCAAUAGCCAAACGCGGAUAAACAAUGCCGUCGGUGAACAUCACUUCAACGAUCGCCACCACAACCAUCAUUUGUACCACCACAACCAUGCGAGCACGACGGGAGGAAGCCUGAACCAAUCGCCGCUCUCGAACGUUUCUUCCUCAUCGACGUCCUCGUUCCGGCAUAAGUUCUUAGAGCUCGAUGUGCACGAGGUCCCUCCGUCUGACAUAGUGAAAUCGCUGCUGUCGCGUAAAUCGAUUUUCGAUGAAGAUCUCAAGCGGUUGGAGAACAUCAGCGACAAGUACGAACCCGGCAUGUUCUCGAGUUACACGAAACACACUGCAAAUUUCAACGCCAUCAGUGCAAAUAGCUCGGCCGCUGCAUCGCCGGUAAACACGAUCUUGGCAUCACAAUCCCCGCUACAUGCACUGAAAGCUCAAACACCGCCAGCUCCUAGCCUGCAACGACUUGGCAGUUGUAGUACCUCUGGAUCUCCAAUGAACAGUCCUCAGCCAUACAAUAGCCCCAAUCCGUCUGUGAAAUCUGGUCUGCAGUACCCGUUCCCAAGUCAUCCACCGUCAAUGCCAUCGGUAGCUGUUCCUAGUUCGACAACCCUGACAGCGUCUGUGACGCUCCCUAUUGCCAGUAUGGUCACUUCAAUCGCCGGCAGUACCAACAGCGGAACGAUAUCAACAUCUUCCGCCACCAGUAGCAGUUCGCUUUCCGCAUCAGCUUCCUCCUCUCCUACGCAUAGCAUAACAUCCGCUCCCGGAACGUGUGCAACGCCAAGCAGCUUACCCAGUACUGCGUCGAUAAACACACCCAGCUCGACGGUACCGUCCGUGAGCUGCAGCAGUUCGGCUACCCUAGCAAAUAAACCAAAGACCAAUAUUUUAAAUAAAAGUAUUAGUUUAACGGAAAAAUCAAGUACAAAUAUUAGUAGUAACAACAAUAAUAAUUUAACGAGUAAUAGUAGUAAUCUAGCGAGUACUAGCGGUAGCAGUAAUACUAGCGUAAUCGAAUCAUCUGCAUUGGUAGCAAGUACUACAGCCACUGCAACGACAACGAGCAUACCAACACCGAAAGUAUCCUCAGCAAUUUCUUCUUCUUCUUCGUCAUCGUCAAUCGAGACAGUCGCAUCGUCAACCACUGUCAUAGUUUCCACUACGGAAGGUAGUGCACCAGAAGCUUCAACGAGUGCUUCUACCUCUUUGAACACCUACAAAAACACUACAGUUACGGCAGCUCCACCUGGUAGUACAAAUUCGGGUACAGUUAGGUCCAGCAGUAUGUUGUCAUUAUCAACGAGCACUUCCUCAGAAGGAGUCCAACAGCAUUCCAAUAGUUCUAGCACCAACUACGGUAUCGACAACAACAGCAAUAGUGGUGGCUUUGAAAAGGAGGAUAAGACCAACAGCAACAACUCCGGCAGCAAACACCACAAAGACCGGCGAAAACUUUCAACGGCUUCGUCCUGCUCGACUAGUUCGACGGGAUCAAGUACGCCAACUACCUCCUCCAAUGUUCCUUCGCAGCCCGAGUCGAAAACGGGCGCCACGUUAUCUGCUGAUGACGAUCAGCCUCAGCAACAGAUCAGUGGGAAGCAUAACAAAUCUACCAAAUCGAAUAACCACCACGGUCAUAGUCACAGCCACGGUCAUGGUCACAGGCAUUCUAGUGACAGCAGUAGCUCCAGUAGCUCGACCUCCACUAAGAAUCACAACAAGGGUGGAAACGAUGAUUUGAAUGAGUUUGAUCGCUUAAAGCGAGAGGUACCAGUGAACACCAUCAACUCUCGAAUAAAUUCGUCCAAUCGCAAGGAGAAAGAGCGUCAAGAGCGCGAAGAGAAGGAACGGAGGCUUGAAGAAGAAAGGAUACAAAAGGAGAAGGAUGAAAUGCGUCGUGCUCAGGAGUUAAAGGAGAAAGAACUAGAGCAACAACGGCGGAAGGAAAAAGAGCUAGAAGAACAGCGACGAAAGGAGAAGGAACUGGAAGAACAACGACGGAAAGAGAAGGAACUGGAAGAACAGAGACGUAAGGAAAGAGAAGAAGCUGAACGUCGAGAGCGAGAGGAGCGUGAACGACAGCUGCAACGUGAGCAGGAACUUGAAAAAGAGCGGCAAUUGCAACAGGAGCGUGAAGAGCUAGAAAAGGCUGAACGGGAAAAAUGGCAGAAGGAAGAAGCCAGAAAGUCCAAGGAAUCACCGAAAAAUGAAUUCGAGCCAUGCGACAGCUUUGUGAACGACCACGGCUCCGAUCGACUUGAUCGAGUGAACUCCACAGAUAGUAAUUCGCAAUCACAAAUUACUUCGAAGCGACGCCACAGCUCUCAAGAAAGCAACGAUUCUCCGACUGAAGACAUUAAUGCAAUGAAGAAACAUAAGCACAACAACAUCGGCGAGCGUCGUGAUUCCGGAAAAGACGGUAAGCGAGAAAAACAUCAUAAAAGUCACAACCGAAGUGAUAAGUCCUCCAAAUCAUCCUCAGGCUCAUCGACGUCCUCGGACAAAGUACACUCGCAUGCCAAUGCUUUGUGCAGUGUGGGUAAACACGACAACCAUGACGAAAAACAGCAGUUUCUACUGGAAGAACGCCGCAAAGAGAUUUCUUUCUCUGGGGAUGGUGAUUCCCUGCAAUUGAGCCACCACCACAAGAAGAAAGACCGUUAUCACGAGAAACAUAAAUCCAAGAAAGACCGCAAUGCUUCCAGGGAUAAAGAGAACACACAAAACGUUAAUUUCCCCAUGGAUUAUGUCGACCAUCGUUCCACCAGUGAUGAGGACGAACAUGCUCGCCUUCAGCACCGAAAGGAACGUAAAAGCUCCAAAGAUUACGGUCAAAGAUUUCAUGGAGAAAGUGGUGAAGAAUAUAAGAAAUAUGAUAGAAAGUCCAGUCGAGCCGAAUCUUCUGCUGAUGAAGAAGGCAGAAAGAAGAGGAAUCGCACCAACAAUAGUCGUACAAAGACAACGAAUAGUUCGGAUACGGAUGAUUCAGAUGAACCCAAGAAACAUUCUAUCUUCGACAUACCCGACGAUGGACCUAAUAUUUCAAUGUACGACAAAGUUAAGGCGCGCUCCUGCAAAAACAUGCAGCGCCAAGAGGAAGAGAAGAAGAUCAAGGCCAAAUUUUCGAAGUUGAAACAGAGUCGAGCUAAACGUGAAGGCAAAAACCGAUCGAAGAGCUGGGACGAAGAUUCUGAUACCGAUGGAAUGAACUCCGAUACAACCAUCAAUAGCAAGUACAAUCACAAGGAUCAUCUGAACAAGAGUGGUACAAUUACCACAUCAGAGGAUGAUGACCAUUUGCCGUCAACGCCCAGAAUGAGACGGCCAAAGGAACCACUUGCUACUGAUUCUGAAGAAGAGACCAAUCGUAUUCGUUCCAACCGGGAUCGAUUGAACGAUCUUUGUGACGACGAGAGUUCCGACGGCGAUCAUACCAGUAAGCGACCACCUCGCACGCCACGUCGGAGCUCUGACGAGAAGAAAAUGUCUAGAAAGAAUUCACGAUCAACGAGAAUACAGUCGGAAACUGACUCUGAUGGUCAUCAUUCGAUCAUGAGAGAAAAACCAGCCACGCCGAACUGUGACACUAAAGCUGAGGUCUCAGACGUCAAGAUGGAUCAUAUCUCUAUCAAGCAGGAAAUGAAGAGCGAAGAAGAUACACAAGAAGGAAUCAGCAAGGUGGAAAUCAAGGUUGAAACAAGGGUUCAACCGCCAUCUGCACUGGUGACAAGUGAUGUGUCUGAAGAUGAAGAUAUCUCUAAACCCAUUGUCAAAUCUGAACUUAUUCCAAGCACAAUGAUCAAGAAAGAACCCAUCGACGAAGGAUUCAGCGCUGUGAAGAAUCGCUUUGGAGAUGUCUCAUCUGAAGGUGAACCGAACAUGAUAUCGGUGGCCAAUGCGGAGAUCGAGAAUACAGUAAAUAGCGCGGUUGAUCAGUUGAUGUACGGACAUUCGGAGGGAAAGAAGCGACACAAGAAAAAACAGAAACGUCACAAGAAUGUCGAAGGAUCUGAAACGGAUGUGAAGAGUGAAAAAGAACAUUCACCUCACGAUGACGCUGGCUCUGCGAAUUCUAUGUUCGAUGAGCUGAAGAAAUCAUCUGACGAUCAGAUUUAUGUCAGCUCAAAGAAGAAGCAUGGUGGUAAGAAGGAAAAGAGACGAGAACGUUCGAAGGAAGAUCACGAAAAGUCUGGUAAAUCCAAGAAGUCGAAGAAUAAACACAAGGAUUCGAACAAGAUACCAGAUGCGAUGUCAACAAAUGUGAAGCGAGAGGAGAAGAUUGAAGACAUCUUCGGACCUAUAUCGGACGAAGAAUCUCAGCAUUCGUCUGUGGAAACCGAAGUGUCGAUAAAGCAAGAGCCAAGUGAUGUAAAAGCAGAAGAUACCGCUACACUGGAAGAACAACCCAAUGAAUGCGAGCAAACCGAGAAGGAGAAAAAUAAGGAAGAAUCCAGGAAGAAAAAGGAAAAGAAGCGACGGGAGCGCGAGAAGCUCAGAGCUACGAUUAGUAUGAAGGAGGAAGAAAACAGCGUGGAUCUGGAUGAAGCGGGUCGUGCCCUAGAAGCACAGCUUAUGAGUGAUUCGGAUCAAAAGGCUGAGGAUGCAUCACCGACGUCAACGAUAACAACCAGUGGAAAACGUUCUUCAGUUGAUGUGAUGGAUGUAUUCCGAUUUACUGACGGAGAUGACAGCAUGGAAACAUCGUUUACCGAAAAGAAGGAGUCCGAACAUAGCCGUAAGGAGAAGAAAAAGAAAAAGAAGAGAGGUAAAGAUGAGAAGCACAAACAUCAUCAUGGUAGCAGUACUAAUCAUUCUAAUCCUCCUACAACAACUCCGAUUACUCCGACAGCAAAUAAGCUAUCAUUGGACAUCAUAUCAGCUCAACAAGAAGAUACCAAACACAACAUCAGUAAACCUUCUCCGAGUCUACCAUGUUUGCUUGAUGAGAGUCCGCCGGCGUCGAACAGCAGACAACCUGCCCAACCUAUGUACGCAUCGACGCCAUCUAAACAGCUCAUGUCACCAACUCCGACGAUUCAUGAAAUGACUAGUUCUACGCCAACCAAAGAUGAAGCCGAACCGCUGUCAGUCUGUGUUAAAGAAGAAAGCGCACAACCUAAAGCUGUUGAUUCGUCGCAGGCUAAACGAAAAUCGGAAAAACUGAUUCCCGGAUUUGGUACAGACAUCGACGAGCAAUUGCACGAAAAAGCAGUUCUUUCCAUUUCCGGUGAUUUCAUUACUGACAAGGUUAUCAAAGAGGACGCUAAGAGUACGGAUCCAGUCGAGUCUCUGAAGAGUAAAACAGACGAUGUGAAACUAGAAGAAAAAUCAAGGGUAGUUAUUUCACAAGAAGAAACCGAAGAUGCAGUGGCUGCCCUCCUCGGUGAAAGUUUUGGAACGUCAAAUACUCAGGACUUUUCAAUCGACUAUACUGUGGAUCCGACCGAAGAAUCUUCUUCACAGUUGGCGUCCGACUCAUCACAAAUCCCGGAGGAAGAUAAUGAAGAAAUUAAGAAAGCAAUCCUUAGCUUGAACACCGAAGGGCUGGACAUGAAGCCCGAUACUCCGACAUCUGAACACGAUCUACAAAUCGAUACGGACACUGAAGACCAGGUUGAUGACGAGCACCCCGCAAGUCUGCUAAGAUUUGACAAUCCACCAAAGACUCCAGAUGUAGAUUUGAGUCAAAUCGGCAAAGCGUUGUCGGACACGCUGAAUAGCACUUCUUCAGCUCCAAAUUCUGCAAAGAAGGAAGACAAGCUUGAAAUUCCUGAUACACCUGGAAAGAAUGUUCAGAUCGUGGCUAGUUCACCGGUAACUUCAACAUCUCAAAGUACAUCUGUAACGACACCUGUUGUUAGUACGACAAUUACUUCUGCGCCAACCGUUAGCGUGACUUCAACAGUUACGUCUACUUGUGUAUCCAACACUACGCAAUCAUCUAUUGUACCUAUGACGCCGGCUGUUACAGGGCAACAGGGACCUUUGCCAUCUACAGUCGCUACAAGUGCGCAGGGAUCAAAUACUAAAGUGGUGAAUGUGAUACCUCCGGUCCCUAAGCAAAUAGCAGUGACAACACCACCGGCCUUACCGGUCCAAAGUAAUCCGACCGCUAUUGUUGCUCAAAAAACAACGAUUGUCAAUCAACCACCGAUGGUUGGCAACCAACCACAGAUUCGACAACAAUUGGUAAUGCAAGCGCCUCCAACGAUUACCAUCCCUGAACAGCACAUUGUGUAUCAGCCGAUCGACACAAUGAUGUCUCCCAGAGGACCAGGAGCCAGCGAUCCUAGGAUGCAAUCACCCAAGAUGCAGCAUCAACCACUUUCUCCGUUCUCAAGAACCUCGUCUCCAACUGCCACUAGUCCAAAUUUGCUGAGACCACAGGUGAUGAUACAGACUCGUCAUCCUACUCAGCUGAGUCCUGGAGUUGGUCCGCACCAGAUGGUCGUCCACCAAGUGGGCAGUCAUGUUGUAGUUUCGUCUCCAAGCCCUACCAAUCAGUUUGUUCCAAAACCUGCGCAAUUUGUGCAGUCUGGCAACACAGCUCCACGAUUCCCUAUAGCAGCAGGACAAUUGAAAACGCCUCCCUCGUUACAAAAACCAACUGAGCUAUCACCAUUGGCAAAGCCGAAUUUGAACACUUUCGCCAACAUAGGUAUGGCUCCUGGGGUACGUCUCGUAACACCCGCUGCUAGUCCAUCUUCCAUGCCAACGCUUGGAAAUGAAAACGCUUUGAUUUCAACUGUUGGUACUAAACCUGUGGUAAGCUCAUCUCCAAUGCCUGUGUCUACAGCCUACGUUAUCCAUCCUAAUGCUAAACCUCUGGAAACCUGUCCAAAGACAACUCCUGGCACCCCUACGAAAACCAUCAUCCAUCAGCAGCCAGUAUACCUUCAGCAUCCCAUCAAACAGUUUGCGCCACAGCAUCCCGUUCCGAUGCAAUCGCAAAUGGGAAUAAAUCAACAACCUAAUCGCCUGAUUCAACCCGUACUUACUCCUGUGAGUAACGUUAUCAUCGCCAAGCCACAAGAACCCAAACCCCAGAACACUAUUUCUACCAUCACCUCAAAUCCUAACCAUCAGAUGGCACCCUCAAGUUUGAGUUUGCCUCCAAUCAAAUCGGACGCACCAUUGGCCACCCCAAUAGGUGCUUUGGAUAAGGUAGGGGAGCCAAAGGACAAGUUGUCACCUCUGGAGGAAAAAGACCGAACCCAAGCGAGUCAAGGAAGUACAGUUCAACCACAACCUAUGAUGAAGCUAGAAACCUCUGCCUCAGCAAGCGAAUCCGCUAGAUCAUUGCUCACUGAAGAGAACGUUGCUAAAAUUCACGAUAACUCCAGCGCAGCGAAUGUUCUUGAUAUUGAUCCGGAAGACCAGGAAGCGGACUCCAAGGAAGACAGUGAUUACUGGUCCUCCAAGGAUACAAUCAUUGAUUCGGUGAUUAAGAAGGUCGAUGCUCUGUGUUCCGAGGAUGAUAUUUCGGAGGGAGGAUCCGAAGUCAAUAAAGAAGAAUGGAACAAGCCCGAUGACAAGACAAAAGCUACUGAACAGGCAUCGCUUCCAAGUGUAUCGAACACAUCUGGCGGUCAAGCUUUCGAACUACCCAAAGUGGAAGAAAAGAACCCCGAACCGGCUACCUUCAUGAGUACCAUUCCAUCUACCGUACCUGCUCCUUUGAUGCCCGUAGCAACCACGAUGAUGCAGGCAACUCCGUCUAUUCCGGAGCCCAUCGUAACUCCACCGGAAGAAGAUGAAGCAGAGACUGCUUCAGCUGAAAGUACCACUCCCACGCGAGGUGGAAAGCGAGGCGGUCGACGGGGAGGAAGAAAAACGUCGGAAAGUGUAUCAACGCCGGUCAAAGCUUUGGUGACGGAGAAGCUACCGGAAGUGGAUAUGACGACACCAUCAAAACGCGGUGGAAAGGCAGGAGGAUCAAAACGAGGAAGAGGGGCAGCAAGAGGUGGUGCAGCCAGAGGUGGCGCGUCCAAUGUUCAACCAGCGGUAAUGGGCGGUGGAAAAGGCAAACAUACAAGUACCGGUUCGGAUGUGUAUGAGUUCCACGAUGAUUCCGGUGAGGAGGUUACCGGAAGUGAUAAACAACAGGCAGAUGGAUCUCGCCCAAGGCUGAUCCUCACUAUUAAAAACCAGGGUACCACUGCAACGCCGACUCCGAGCACCAGUACUGCUCCGGUCGUGGUAACAUCUGCUCCGGUCAUACAACCUACCAUGACAACUGUCGGUACCAUCAGUACACCGUCCGUUCAACUUCAGCCAACAACGUCCUGCCCAGCUCCACAGCCGCCACCGGAAGCUCAGAGCAUUCCGGCACCAGCUGUAGACGCAUCGAAGGAAGAGUUCAUACAUCCAACGUCAGGAAAUACUCGCAAGUCGCGCCGUUUGCUGGAGAAAGACGGUCGUACCACUGUGGACGACAUCAUCGACGAUGUCAUUCGUAACGGUCCUUCAUCGUGUGUGAUGCCAAGCUCACCGGCGCCCGUACCUUCCCAACCGCCGUCGGUGGCACCGACACCGAUGAUUCUACAGCAGUUCCAGUCGCAACAACAUGUCCAAGUGAAUCAAGUCAACCAGAUGAUGUCGCCAACAGUGCAACAGCCUCAACUUGUGCAUUUGCCGCCGCAACAUCAACCCGUUCCGAUGGAUCUCCCUGGACAAACGGGCAGAAGGAACACAAGGCACAAUGCAACCCCCGCUAAUGCAGGUCCCGAUUCUCGCAAAUCUCCCCGUGCAGGAGGUCGCAAAGGCAAGGAUCGUAAGAUAUCAGAAACAUCCAACGAUAGUAACGACGAGCGUCCAAUGAGUUUGCCGAGACCCGGGCAGAUGGAUGGCAAAGUUGACGAAACAUCUGUUUCGGGCACUUUGUCCGCUACAACACCGAUUACACCGAGUGUUUCGGCAACGCGUCCCAACGAGAUGGCUUCUUUGGCUGAUAAGUCGAAGGAGAAACCGAAAUCUGCCGACGAUCUUAAGAUGGAGCUUGACCCAGCCACAGGAGAACUAACGGUAACCCGACCAGGCAAAGAGGGUCAAUACGUAGUCAUGCCGAAUGCUCCUCAACCGCUGAAGAAAGUCAUAGCAGCGGCAGCGAAUGCAGCUCAGAAUGCUGGAAUGGAGCAUCACAAGUCAUCUCCCACUCCGCCUAUAUCUGCUUCGGGUUCACCGAUUCCUAAUAGGACUCCUACACCCGGAUCUGUUCCUUCACCUGGAAUGACAAGAGUUCCGACUCCCAAUACAACGGUUGCUCCGCAUCCUACUCAGCAAAUGGAGGCGCAAAAGUUGACUAAACAAGCGUCACAAUUGCCAAUGACAUCUCAGAGCGGUGGUAUUCCGCCGCCCACCGGAAUUAUUCCGUCACCGCAUGUCAACGCUGGAGCCGUCCUUAUACAGCACUCGUUGGGUCAAGGGAUGCCACAGCCGCCAACGGUUCUACAGCAAGGUCCAUCGAAUAAACCGCAUUCGUUGAAGGCCCAUGUUCUCAGUUCACAGCAAAUAAUGAACCAGCAGGUUCAAGCUGGAAAACCGAUCUACCCGCCAUCUACACAACCUCAACCCCAGAUCGUGUAUAAGUCUGUCAUACCUCAACAACCGGGAUCGGUUUCCGGGGCUAUCCAUACCACUACCGGAAAGCAGAUCCAUCCUAGUACCAACAUUAAGCUGCCCCCUCAAGGCAUACCACCCCAAGGUAUUCCCCAACAUUCUGGUCCACAGCAAAUAAUCAUUCAAAACCCGAUGCCACAACAACAAAUGACGAUCAAUAAACAUACGAUCAUCAAUAAAGUUGGGCCACCACAGCAAUCGGGUCACCCCUCAGCAGUACAUCAUCCACCAGGUAGCGGCAACCUGCUAAUCAACAUUCCUCCCAACCUCCAUCAAUUGGGCAAUAUCCCAAUGUCUCCGAGAAUGCCUCAUCAGGUAGUGAUCACUAACAGCAAAGGUCAACCAGGACAAAUGCAGACUCAACAAUCUCAUUCCCCACAAAUCAUCCACAAACAGGGCAAUCAACCGCUACAACCAGGUCAACAAGGCCCACCAGGUGGCGCCCCUCAGCAAAUCAUUAUCCACAGCAGCAAAGCACCCCCGGGUCAUCACCAGAUCCCCGCUGGAUACACCACAGUUCUGCAGAGUGGAGGUAAAAUCAUCCACCAAGGCCCGGUACAACUUGGCGGAGGACCUGGACAGCCACAACAACCGCCGCAGCCUGGUAUGCACGGGAAACAACAGACUCAGACCAUCCAGAUCUCCAGUCCCAGUGGUGUUCCAAUCCACUAUCAACAACAACAACAGCCGAUUCAAAGUCAACCAACUGUGGUGCACAAAACCGUAACAACGGGUCACGGCGGGCAGCAUAUCAAGAUACACCAGCACAAGGUAGGCCCUGAAGCCGUUGCCCAUAUGCACGUUGGUGGAAAGCAGCUACCUGCGGGCACCAAAAUCCCACUCCAGCAACAACAACAAUCGCAACAGCCGGUGGGAUUGAUCAAACCGAACCAUGUCUCAACGGGACCGAUGCCGCCUACGGUCGGUGGCAACCAGCCAACUGCUCCUCCACCCUCGCCAUCGCAACUGGUCACAAUCCAGCCCGGAAAGGGAGUGUCCCCACAUCUGCAUGCCCAACCGCAGAUUCUUACCGGUGCCGUUGCGAGCCCUCCGCUGAAGCAACCACACAUGCAGAGCCAACAGCCGAUUGUGACGGGUGCGAGCAGUUCCCGGGUAGCGUUACCACCGAUUAGUCCCCAGGGACAACCAGGUCAGCAGCCGCCUCCACCGACGUCCCACAUGCGGCACGUGCAACAGCCCGGUGGACUGACUAUGCCGCCACAGGUGGCCUACGAAACGAAUCAGCUAAGAUCGGUUUCACCUCUCUUUGAAUGCUCCAUUCCGGAUCCUCAACUGAUGGCGGCUGCCGUUUCUUUGUACAUGAUGCAGCACGGAGAUUUGGUGGGUGGAUUCAUCGCACGGGGACAAAGUCCUCCGCCGGCUCACCAACAGCAAACAUCGCCCAUUACACCGAAUGACCCAUCCUUCCGCGGCGGAAUGCCUCGGGAAUAUACCAAGUACAUGUACAGCAGAGGAAACAUCCACAUACCAAGCAGCAGAUCGCCAAUGUUGCCAGGAACCGUGGAUCAGCGUGAGUUGUCCGAAAUGGAAGAAAGUGUUGCAGCAAGUCCGCCUCUCGAAUUGCGGCGCCCGGCAAGUGGACCACGUGUUCAAGUCACGACUACCGUGCCGAGCAGUCUGCAGAGUCCCGGAGAUCGUUCCACUGAUUCACCUCAAGUGGCACAAGUGUACAUCGGAAGUGCCCGUGUUCCGCACAACUAUUCGGACUCGCUCACCCGUUUCUACGAUCCGGCAGCUGGUCCGAACGCUCCUCCGCGAGCUUUGAGUGCCGAACCCCCACCAGCUCAUCGGCCACACAAUUUGAUCAACACCGGUGCAGGAUUUCCUCCGGGAUCCUACCCGGGAACUCCCAGCCAGACACCGCCUCCAGCGUCACCUGCUAAUCUUGCUCAGCUCCAGCAGCAGCAGCAGCAGCAGCAGCAACAGCAACAAACCCCACAGCAGCAGCAACAGCGCGAUCGUGUCACCCUGACAGGUCACGCAGCGGUCGCUCCGGUAUCCGGUGCCCCGUUGCCCGCCCAUAGUGGAAGCUUGCCGGCUUCUCAGCAACAACAACAACCACCGGCUGCUGCUGGACGAAACCUGCAGGCAGCGACUCCGCCAAGUGGAGGAGCCGCAGCCGCCGCUGCCCCAACUCAGAUGCCGCCGACUGCUGGUCCGCCAGCAGUACCGCCGGCACAGAGUGACUCGCUGGAGGCACUGCUGCAACGCUAUCCAGUAAUGUGGCAAGGAUUGCUAGCGCUGAAGAACGACCAGGCGGCCGUACAGAUGCACUUUGUGCAUGGAAAUCCGGGCGUGGCCGGCAGUUCCCUGCCGAGCAACAGCGACGGCACCACGCCGCCGCUCCGGAUUGCCCAGCGAAUGCGACUGGAACCAGCGCAGAUCGACGGUGUCGCGCGGAAGAUGCAAAUGGACCAAGAGCACUGCAUGCUCCUGGCGCUUCCGUGCGGCCGCGACCGGAUGGACGUGCUCCAGCAGCAGAACAACCUGCAGACCGGCUUCAUCACCUACCUACAGCAGAAGCAGGCCGCCGGCAUAGUGAACAUUGCCGCGCCGGGCAGUUCGCAGGCGGCCUACGUCGUGCACAUCUUCCCGUCGUGCGAGUUCGCAAACGAGAACCUGGCCCGCAUCGCACCGGAUCUGAUGCACCGGGUGGCCAACAUCCAGUACCUGCUGAUUGUGAUUGCCACCGUGUAGGAGGAGCAGGGCGACGGCGGCGAAGAUGGUGAGUACGACGCUUCCCCUCGGAUAUGACACUGUUCUGUUCUGUUCUGAAAUGGAAACAACCCGAUUUUGACAACGGAAAUCGUAAAAUGAUCUCAUUAUGAUUAUACGGAAUAUAUAUAAAUAUACUUUUAGUGGUAAGCUGCUACCUACUAGAGGGAAGGGAUGUUAGUGAACCGGCUUCACUUCGGUGAUGAUCGGCCCAGGGUUUUAAGAGAGGCAUAGUAGGCUACAACUGUUGACGGUUACUUAGAGAGUUUGUGAGACAGGAUUAGGGAAGGAAGUAGAACUAGAAAGCGUUGAGCGGAUAAGUUGUUGAGUAAUAUGGUAAGAAACGGAGCAAGAAAGGGGUAUACUAUAGGAACACCGUUAAUUUUUAAGUGGUUGAAUAAUCUUAACGACAGAUAAAGAGAGAGAAAGCAAGAAGACGCAGGAGCAAAGCAAUCGAUUGGUCAGAGCUGCACAGCUUACUUCGAUGAGACGAAAAAUUCAUGCAUAGAGAGAUAGAGGGAGAGAUGAUGAGGAGAAAGUUUAUGUGACAACUGUGAUUUUGAUCAUAAUUUUUAAGUAUUAUGAACUUUUUAUAACUGUAAACUGUAAAGCAAAAUUGAACGGCUGAUUAAAAAAAGGGAAGAAAACCGCGUAGAAUCGACGGAACACAUGUUGAGUGUAAUUACGAGUAACUUUACCCGAGUCCCGCCCUUUGAGGAUUUUUUUGGUUGGGUGAUUUCUCCCCAACGCAUCGGAGGAUGGAAAACUGAAACUGAAAGAGAUUUUUGUACAUGCUGGUAAAAAAAAAAACAAAAUGAGAGCACAGGAGGAGAGUGUGGAUUCUGCUUUCCUCGUCUCGAUUACCUCUAAUUUAUUGAAUUAUUGUUUUCCUUUUCUGUUGACAGGUGUGUAAAGUAGGUACUUUUUAGUUUUCGUUUUGUACGAUAUAACGGAUAGUAAAGUUGACGGUGGAGCUGUCGCAAACUAUUUAUAUUUUGUAUAUACCGAGAGCGAAAGUAAUUGUUGAAGCUUAAAUAGUAGAUUUACUCUGAUAACUUGUAGUAACCGAUGACGAUGAUGACGAAGAAGAAGAAACUACGAAGAAGAAUAAACGAGGAUAUAAUGUAUAAAAUAAAUAUUUCAUAUAAGUUAAAUGAUAACACGAUUCAAUGUAGGUCUCAAACACAUUGGAUGCUUCGGUAAUUGUUAUGAUUGAAGAAUAUACCAUCAAAAUCAUAAUCGCCAGUUGGUUCUUAUUGCUAUUAUAGGGUUUUGCGUGGAUUUUGAAAAAAAAAACUGUAGAAUACUUUUUUUGAUUUACGGUUUAAACGGUUUAAAGACAUAAAUUCUAGAUGUCAAAAGACUGUCAAUGCACAGUUUCAUAGUAAUUUUUAGAAAAGGCUUUUCUCGUUCAUUUUGAUUGAAUCUUUGAGGAAGGUCCCAAUGUGAUCGAAACGUCAAAUAAUACUAAACAGUUGCAAGAUAAUUUUGAAAAACCGAAUUGACAUUGUCUUGCGAAUCUAUAACAGAAGAUCGAAGUACAAAGGGUCUGAUGGACAAAAGAUCGACAUGUCAAAAAUACAAAGCGCAAAAUGGCGAGGGACAAAAAGUCGAAAAUUUAUUUUCGAAGGAAGGCGAAAUUCUCUGGACUAUUGUAAUUUUAUCCUCCCGUGUUUCGAUCUUUUGUCUGUGAACGAUCUAGUUGCAAAUUUUUAUUUUAAUGCAACUGUGUUGAACACAAAUAAACGUGGCAUAAACUAUUCGUUUGAUUGUGAACAUUUUGAAAGGAUCUAACUCAAAAAUCUAUCUACAGAUUUUCCAAUUUUUUUUCAUAGAUGUAGAAUAGUAGUACAAACUAACGGACGGCUAUCGUUUCUGUGGUAUAUUUUUGACUAUAACGAUGAAUGAAGCACCGUCGAACUGUUUCUGAUGAGAAACAGAUAAACAUACAGCAAUGUUUGUCGAAAAUAAGCAAACGUUGCCGGAACAGUAAACGAUAAAUGAUAGGCGAUAAGUUCCCUACAAUUGAAGUUAUUGUUUUAUUUUUAAUGAAACUAACUUAAGGCUAGUACUACGUGCAGUUCACAGACCCAAAUGUGUGUAAAUAUAAUCUUAAAAUAUGGCGUUUGCAAGAAAAAGCGCCAAGAAGCAACGGAGAAUAAUGCUGUUUUAGAAGUCUACUGUGGUAAGAUCCUAAAUCUAAAAUAUUUACGCAAAGUUCUUGUUUGUACAUAAAAAAACGCUGAAUAUGAUAAAAGCUACAAUCACCACCAACACUUUCUCAUCUGCGAGGUGUGUGGUGAUGCAAAAUGACCCAACAGGAGCAAAUAUUUUGCCGCAGUCAUUUGUUCUAUCGAUUGAUUUUCCCUUCCGGAAGAAUACCUAGUUUUGUGAUGUCGCGAGUUAACGCUGCCACACAUACACACACAGAAACCCACACACAUACACACAUGCAUACGUGUCCUGUCCAUGGUUGUGAGCCGCGCCUAUUUGCAGAUAAGUUUUACUAUUUAUUGACAAAGUGCACAAUUCGUUAACGAUGUGCGGAAAACAAAAACUUUUGGCAGCUUUUGUAACGUUUUUCAUCUCAAAAAAAGCUUUGCCGUUUAUCCGGCACGAGACCCCCUGCACUACUUCACGUGUCGGUAUUCGGCGAAUGCAUUGUUCUUAUACACGAACAAACACACUCUUUCGGUUUGUACGUUUGUGUCGGUUAAAAUUUUUAUCGCGGAAAGAUAACUUGCUCAUUAGAUUGGUAGAAUUGUGGGAUUUACUUCCACCGUUAAAAAAGUAAGAAAAAGAUGAUAGCAUACUUUAACAACUCACACAUCCGAUAGAAAGUCCCAAUUCUGGAGAAGAAAAAAAAAACGCGUUGUAAAAUGGAAAAGAAAAUCUAUUUAGAUAGCAAAAUUAUGUGUAUGUGAACUGAAUGUGACACCUAUACACGCCCGAGAGUACAUACUGAAUUGAAAAAUGUCGAGCAACAAGCUUAGCCGAUUAAAACAUAGCGCAUCAGCGACAGGACAUGCAUAGGAGGCACGCGCCCAUAACUGCAAAUUUCCGUAGAAUCCUCCUUGCGGAACAGGCACCGUGACCACAAUGUGUCACACAAAAGAAAAAAAAAAUAAUCACCAAAAAUUUAAAAAAAUAUAAAACAAUUUAUUGUUAAAAAGAAAAGAUAAAAGCAACUACAAAAAAAAAAACAUUAAAACAAUAAUCAUUAAAAAACAACCAUCGAAGCAGCAGCGUUAAAAUGCGAUAAAAACCCAAACAACACACACAAAACACAAGUAUAGUGAAACACACACGCGCGCGUAGGAGAGAGCACUAUAACUCGCGCGGUAGAACACAAACACUGAAAUAAUUCUACACCGUUAAAGGGGAGAACGGAGAACGGAAAAAAUAAGAAAGCAAAGUAAAACUACUACAAUUAUGAAAAUAAAGCAACACAGAAAAAAGUGGAAAAUGAAAAAAGUUAAAACAUUAAUAUUAAUAUUAACUGAUUGUGAUCAUAAUGAAAGAAUAAAUUGUACCUUUCUUGUAUAUUUUGUAUAUAUUGAUUAUGAUUAAUGAUUAAAAUUGCAAGGAAUAAAAUAUUUAAAAAAUCA